GUUCUUGGUAAUUUACUGUAAUAAUCUAUUUAUUAUUUAUUAAUCUAGGGCCCAGUAGAUCUUGUAUUUUCAACCCAGCCUUUUCGUCAAUACCAGGCGAGGAAGCUUGUAAAGCGAACUGCUUGUUUUGUGGAUUGAUCUCGGGUGCCACGUUCUCGUGUAUUCAGAUUUAGAUCUUAUUGAACGGGUUAGUUCGAGGUUGGUAUUCAGGAGAUGGCGUUUCCUUCUCCUGUAGUUAUCGGUGCUACAGCAAGGCACACGGCUACAAUUAUUUUUCUUCAUGGCUUGGGAGAUACAGGACAUGGCUGGAGUUAUGCAUUCAAUAAYAUCAAAUCUCCCCACAUAAAAUACAUUUGUCCAACUGCGUGUUCCUUGAAAGUCACAAUGAAUGGUGGAUUUGAAAUGCCAGCUUGGUUUGAUAUAAGAUCAUUAUCAUUAUCAAGUAAGGCUGAAGAGGACGAAAAGAAUAUUAAAGCCAGUGCUGCAUAUGUGCAAUCACUAAUUGAGAAGGAAGAGAAAGAACAUGGUAUCGCCCCCAACAGAAUCGUUAUUGGUGGGUUCUCACAAGGAGGUGCCGUAGCUCUAUAUACAGCACUCACAUCCAAAUCACAACUGGCUGGUAUAUUGGCACUUAGUUCAUGGCUUCCACUACACAGGUCGUUUCCAGYGAGUCUAAAAGGAAACCAAAACACACCAAUCCUCCAAUGUCACGGUAAUGCUGAUCCUGUUGUCCAAUUUAAAUACGGCGAGGAAACUGCUAAAAUGCUAUCAAAGAUGUGCACAAAUAGUGAAUUCAAAGUCUACGAGGGAUUACCACACUCUUCCAGUGACGCGGAGCUUAAUGAUGUUCGUAAAUGGAUAGAAAAGGUUCUUCCUCCUCAGUAACGGUUUUAAGCGACGACAAUUAUGUACAAUCCAUAUUGUAAAGGAUUAUUCAUACAAGAUUUUUCACGUCAGUGUGUGGGAGGCGCUAAAGUACAUUUAUACACUCAAAUGGCUUCUGGUUUCGAGCGCUUUGAUUGAAUAAUGUGUACAUUGGUGUUUUGUGAAAGGUUGAAAGCUGAAACCAUUUGGGUGUCCAAAGUGAGAUAUUUGUUGCCGGGGUGGAUUUAAUGAACGGCUAAUGGCAGGAAAAAGAGGAGUGAUCAUUUAGUUUAUACGAAAAAUCUUGUUUGCCAUGAUUGUAUGAUUGGUACUGACUUAAAACUUUAAUUAACAAAAACCAAGGUACUCAUGCGUAAGGCGUUCAGUUGCUGAUGCGAAAAAUGUUUUUGUUGGAGUGAAAUUUAAACUCUAUUUGUAACCUGAUUUAUCGCUAAAAAUGCUAACGAGUUUGAUCUAAAUUGAAAGAAAUCUUAUGUUUUAUGGAAAUAAAUGRUUCUAUUUUUCAUGUGAUAUCUGUUGAUGUCGAUCAAUCAUUCCAGUCCUUGAUUCAAUAUUCUUUUUUAUUACACAAUUGAAUCGUGUAGAGUUCACCAGUAAAAACGUUCUCAAUCUAAACAGUACCAAGUUGUGAAAAAUCCUUUUUUUACAGUGCUAUUUAGUACAAAUUGUUAUUUUUCAUGGGUUUGUUGUGUAAAUUCUAUCGCUUGUCUUACUAGUUUUACUCGCUAUUAAACAAAUAUUCACA